UCGCUCGCCGCCGCCUCCCGCCGGCGUCUCCUCCUCAGGCCGUCCACCUCCUCCAAUCCGCAGCCACCUGCCCCUUCUCCUCCUCCUCUUUUUCUAGGGCCGAGGCUGCGCCGUCCAACGAGCAGGCCCCUGCAGCAGUGACGGAGCAGCUCGGUGGUGCUAGUGCCGAACCGCGUCCUCUGACGGGCUCGACGUCGUCGGACGGAGGAGGUCGGGGAAGGAGAAGAGAGAGCGACGGGCCAGAUCGCGGCGCACGUGCCUAGCUAAAAGCAUUGGUUGGUGACGAAGCACUUCGGGAUUUGGAUGUGGGAGGCCGUUGCUCUGCAUCACCUUCAUCCCGAAGCAGUGAGCAUGGGAAGAGUUUGAUGCGUGAACAGAGAUUUUGCUUGAGAGAGAACCUGUAGGGUCAUGUCAUCCCGUCUUCAUUCCAUCCCACCCACUGCCAGAAGCAAGCCAUGCUUCGUCUCCCAUCUGCCGGACCUCCCCACUCUUUCCCUCAACAAGUGUUUUUCUAGGGUCUUAGCAUACACUCCCAUCACCAUACUCCCCAAAGAUGCAACCUUUUCGCUUCCCAACCGGAGGAACGGGAAGAAUGAGUCAAGAACCAGGGAGCUCAGGCUCCAGGAGGCCUUCGUGCAUUUGGAGUACAUGGUGGGGAGAGGGCACAGGCCCGACGCAACCCAGGCCUCGCAGCUCUUGUACGAUCUUUGUAGAUCAAAUAAGAUUCGGAAGGCCAUUCGCGUCAUGGAAUUGAUUAUCAGAUCAGGGAGCACUCCUGAUUCAUCCACAUAUACUUUUUUAAUCAAUCAGUUGUGUAAGAGGGGGAAUGUUGGGUAUGCCAUGCAGCUGGUCGAUAAAAUGCAUGAGUAUGGUUGCCCGCCGUCUACGAUCACGUACAAUUCUUUGGUUAGGGGCCUUUGCAUCCAUGGGAACUUGCAGCAAAGUUUGUGGCUUUUGGAUCGACUAGUGCACAAGGGAUUGGUUCCAAAUGUGUUUACUUACUCAUUCUUGCUAGAAGCAGCAUACAAGGAAAGAGGGGUGGAUGAGGCAGUGAAGCUAUUGGAUGAAAUUGUUGAAAAGGGUGGGAGGCCUAAUUUGGUUAGUUACAAUGUUUUGCUUACAGGGUUUUGCAAGGAGGGUAGAUUGGAAGAGGCAAUGUGCUUCUACAGAGAGUUGCCUUCCAAAGGGUUUAGCCCUAAUGUUGUUACCUACAACAUCUUGUUGCGGAGUCUGUGUUACGAAGGGCGGUGGGAGGAGGCAGAGGAGCUUUUAGCUGAAAUGGGUGAUAGAAACCGUGCUCCAAGUAGUAUCACAUACAAUAUAUUGAUAGGGUCGCUUGCCCAUCAUGGUCGAACUGAGCAAGCACUCGACUUGUUAGAAGAGAUGGCAAGAAAUGGGUAUAAGCCUGUAGCUGCUAACUAUAACCUGAUAAUUGCCCAGUACUGCAAGGAGGGGAAACUGGACAUGGUGCUCAGGUGCCUGGACUUGAUGAUGCAGAGGCAUUGUAAUCCUAAUGAGGGGACUUAUAAUGUGAUUGCUGUGCUUUGUGAGGAGGAGAAGGUGGUAGAGGCAUUUUCCAUAAUCAAUACCGUGGCAAAUAAGCAAAAUGCUUCCAUGCAUGACUUCUACAGAAAUGUUAUAUCGUUCUUGUGUAAGAAAGGAAAUACUUUUGCAGCUUUCCGGUUACUAUAUGAGAUGACAAAACAUGGAUUUACUCCAGAUUCUUACACCAAUUCAUCCUUGAUCAAAGGUCUUUGUAUGGAGGGCAUGUUGGGUGAGGCUUUUAAGGCUUUUGAAGUGAUGGAGGAACAUGGUAACAAGCCUGAUAUUGACAACUACAAUGCACUUAUUCUUGGAUUGUGCAAGGCUCGGCGGACAGAUCUAUCAUUUGAUAUUUACAAGACAAUGAUUGAAAAAGGUUACGUACCUAACGAAACGACAUAUGCAAUUCUAGUGGAAGGAAUUGCUCAUGAGGAUGAGGUAGAUUUAGCUGCAGAUGUUUUGAAGGAGUUGUAUCUGAGAGAUGCUGUGAGUAAGAAUACCAUGGAGAGAAUCUCUAUCCAGUAUGAUUUUGAAUAGUUUCUUGUAUAUGAUUUCGCAAUUUAAGAAAUUAAAGAAGGUACACAGAACUUUGGUAAAUGGCCCUCAGUUGGCCAAUGGAUGCCAUAUUCUGCCAGUUGAGUAAUGAACAGUAGCAUGAAGAACAACUUUCUAGCUAUUACUUGUAUCUUUCAUACUUAUCUGGAUACAACCAUCACAUUUAAACAUGUUUCUGUUUCUAUGUUGGACAAUCUCUUGAGUCCAGUUGUGUCCAUGCUUAUAUGGAUUUGCUUAUUAUUAUUUGUUGCACAUUCUUUUUUGCUCAGGUGGAUGUUUUUGCAUUCCUGGGUUUGGUUUAGAUGUUGUCAUUUCCAUGUGCAAA